GCCGACACCUUGAUAUUUUACAGGAAGAGUUGUACCUACAGAGGGUAGGGGAACUAGACAAGAUAACAGAACUCAGGGACCAGCAAAGAAAGUACUUUGAGGAGCUACGUAAGCAGAGGCUGGACGAAUUUAUGGCAGGAUUCUCAGUCAUCACCAACAAACUGAAGGAGAUGUACCAGAUGAUCACACUCGGGGGAGACGCCGAGCUGGAGCUCGUGGACUCACUCGAUCCUUUCUCAGAGGGAAUUGUGUUCAGUGUUCGUCCUCCUAAGAAGUCGUGGAAGAACAUCUCUAACCUGUCCGGGGGAGAGAAGACCCUGAGUUCCUUGGCCCUGGUGUUCGCCCUCCAUCACUAUAAACCCACCCCCCUGUAUGUCAUGGAUGAGAUCGAUGCUGCUCUCGACUUCAAAAAUGUAUCCAUUGUUGCGAAUUACAUCAAG